GCUCGUGAGCGAUUCCCGAUUGGCUGCUGCCACUCCAAUUUCACAUGACGCGUACUCGUCUACUCAUCUACGCGCCGUUACAUCGUGGCUUCGGGGACGCUGUUUUGUCUACUAGCUUCACACAGUGGCGAAUCCAAGGGAAAAAUACGUUCUCUCUCUCUCUCUCUCUUUCUCUCUCCGUUAACCUGCGAUGUCGAGUUGAUCUUUAAUAAUCCCGGUUCACGCUCGUAGUUCCAUUUUUUUAAACGGACCGGAGCGCUAAAUAUGGCCAGCAAAGUAUGGCAUACAGAAUUGUGGAAGUCUUGGGAUAAGCACGGAAAAAACGAUUUCCUCAAGCUAAUCAAGCACAAAUUUAAGGAAGGCAACACACCAGAAUGGAGACGUGGAUUAUACGAAUUAAUAUCGAAUGGAAUCCAUGGGAACAUAAAAAAGGACAGUGUAAUUCAGACAUUAGGUGAACUCAUGAGUUUUGAUGUUUCCAUACUAUUGGCAAUAGUAGAUAUAUUUACUUUAAUUGAUGCAGAAGCUCAUAAUGAAGAAAGAAACAACUUUUAUUAUAUAGUCAAAGAAUCUGAGAAGUUUUUAACCGAUAGAAUAUUGAAAGAACGUUUAGAAAUUGAAACUUUACAAGAUGUAGGGACACUGAAAAACAAAAAUUUUCAAACUAAGUUUAUAAAAGUAAAAACGAAAUUAUAUUAUAAGCAAAGGAAAUUUAAUUUAUUUCGUGAAGAAAGUGAGGGUUAUUCUAAGCUCAUUGUAGAAUUAAAUCAAGAACAUCCAGACAGUGAUGUGGCCUCGACAUUGGAAAUCGUUAAGUCCCUUAUCGGUUAUUUUAAUCUUGAUCCUAAUAGGGUACUCGAUAUCUUAUUAGAAACUUUUGAAAAUCGACCACAAGAUGAUGCUCUAUUUAUUCCCUUAAUACGUUCAUAUAUGAGCGAUCAGGAAGUACUUUGUGAAGUGUUAGGGUUUAAAUAUUGUUCUACUAUAAACGCUACGCCAUUCUCACUACAAAAGGUCACCGCGCUUAUGCUGCAACAUGGCGUAAUCAAAUUGGAUGACAUAUUACCUUGGCUAAUGCCAGACGAUAAAACUAUCAUAUCAGAUCAUGAGCAGGUGAUGAAGCAGGCUAAGGAAUAUGUGCGAAAAUUAAGCGUGAUCUCAACGAAAGACAAGGAGGAUGUUGUGGAGGAAAAGGAUACUACACAAGACAAGUAUGCAAGUAAUCAAAAAUUUGGAUUAUGUGAAGCUCUUCUGGAAAUUGGAGCUUGGGAAGUGGCGCAAAAUUUAUUCAAUCGUUUGCCAGACUACUGUCUUACGGAUCAACGUCCUAUAGCUCUAGCAUUGUGCAAAAUGAUUCAGGCUCUUAUCGAACCUGUAUACAGAAAACACUGCAUUGUUUCUCCAAAAUUGCCGGGUCGUAAAGUGCCUCCAUUGAAGAGUUCUCUCGCGCCACCAUCAUUAUGCGAUCUGGAAGACAUUCAUGAUUACUUAUUGCCAAUGCUGAUCGUACUUGGACCGAAUCUACAUCAUGAUCCUAUUUUAAUGUACAAGGUGAUGAGAUUAUGUUACGCCGCUAUCAAGCACUGUCCACUCGAUGCGAACAAACAAUUAUUGGAUAAGAACUGUAGUCUCUACUAUGACGUACUGACGAUACUGGACGUAGCGCUGUUACCCUCGCUUUCCUUCAUGGAUUGCAAUUGUUGUGUUGCCGAGGAACUAUGGAACAUCCUUAAAUAUUAUCCUUAUCAGAAUCGCUAUUGUUUGUAUGCGCGCUGGAAGAACGAAACGCCGUUGCAGCACGCCGCGCUAUUGCGGAAACGAGCAGAUGCUCAGAAGAAAAUAAAAUCGAUUAUGAAACGCGUAAGCAAGGAGACAAUUAAACCGGUCGGUCGAUCGAUAGGCAAGCUUACGCAUUCUUCUCCGGGUGUACUAUUUGAUUACGUCCUCGUACAGAUUCAGUUAUAUGAUAACCUAAUAGGACCUGUCGUGGAUUCCUUGAAAUAUUUGACAAACAUCUCGUACGAUGUGUUAGGAUAUUGUCUUGUAGAAGCAUUAGCAGGUGCCGAUCGAGAUAGAUUUAAACACGAUGGUACUAGUAUAUCUUUAUGGUUGCAAUCUCUAGCUUCCUUUUGCGGAGCGAUAUUUAAGAAAUAUAACAUCGAAUUAACAGGGUUGUUACAAUAUGUAGCAAAUCAACUUAAAGCUCAAAAGAGCCUAGAUCUAUUAAUAUUAAAAGAAAUUGUACAAAAAAUGGCUGGUAUCGAAGCAGCCGAAGAAAUGACGUCUGAUCAACUGGACGCUAUGGCGGGUGGAGAUCUUUUGAAGAACGAGGCCGGUUACUUUAGUCAAGUCCGCAAUACAAAAAAAUCCUCGCAACGUUUGAAGGAAGCUCUUGCCGAGCAAGAUCUUGCGGUUGCUCUGUGUCUAUUAAUGGCACAGCAGAAACAUUGCGUCGUUUAUAGAGAAACAGAUAAAUCUCAUCUAAAACUCGUUGGCAAAUUGUAUGAUCAAUGUCAAGAUACAUUGGUACAAUUCGGGACUUUCCUGGGCUCGACUAUGACGGUAGAUGAGUAUGUAGAACGAUUACCCUCUAUCCACUCUAUGCUUCAGGACAAUCACAUACACGCGGAUGUCGCAUUUUUCUUGGCGCGGCCAAUGUUCGCGCAUGCCAUAAAUAUAAAAUAUGACGCUCUUCGUAAAGCUGAUCCAAAUUACAAGAAAAUGUCUACGGCUAUGAAGCAAAUGAAAUACGCGGAAGCUGCGCAAACCGUUAUGGCACCUGUCGCUCAGUCCGUCAGACCGUUGCAUCCUUUAAAAGUUUGGGAAGACAUAUCGCCGCAAUUUUUAGUCACUUUUUGGUCUCUAUCGAUGUAUGAUUUGUAUGUGCCAGUGGAGAGCUAUCAAAGAGAAAUUAGCAAAUUAAAACAACUUGCAGCGCAAACCGCCGAUUCCAAAGAUAUGAAUGUUAGUAAAGGAAAGAAGGAACAAGAAAGAUAUACCACUCUUAUUGAGAAAUUGCAAGAUGAAAAGAAAAAGCAAGAGGAACAUGUCGAAAAAGUUUUUGCGUACCUGAGACAAGAAAAGGAUACAUGGUUUUUGUCGCGAAGUGCUAAAUCUGCGAAAAAUGAGACGAUAACGCAAUUCCUACAGUUGUGCCUAUUUCCGCGGUGUACAUUCACAACUGUGGACGCCAUGUACUGUGCAAAAUUUGUACAUACUAUCCACUCCCUGAAGACUGCAAAUUUUUCAACUCUGCUUUGCUACGAUCGUCUCUUCUGUGAUAUUACAUAUUCAGUCACUUCGUGCACAGAGAACGAAGCAAAUCGGUAUGGCAGAUUCUUGUGCGCCAUGCUGGAAACUGUGAUGAGAUGGCAUUCCGAGAAAGCCAUAUUUGAUAAGGAAUGCAGUAAUUAUCCAGGAUUUGUGACCAAAUUCCGCGUGAGCAAUCAAUUUUCUGAAGCAAAUGAUAUGGUCGGGUUUGAAAACUACAGACACGUGUGUCACAAGUGGCAUUAUAAAAUCACAAAGGCUAUUGUAGUAUGUCUUGAUUCUAAGGAUUAUGUGCAAAUAAGAAAUUCUCUGAUAAUAUUGAUCAAAAUAUUGCCACACUUUCCUGUCUUGGCAAAACUCUCUCAGAUUCUCGAACGAAAGGUGGAAAAAGUGAGAGAAGAAGAGCGUGGCCAGCGUCAAGAUUUGCAUGUUCUGGCUACAUCAUACAGUGGACAACUGAAAGCUAAAACUCCCAGUAUGAUACGUGAAUCAGAUUUCCAUCAUGUGGGUGAUAAGGCCGGGAAAACGCAAGAUGCUACAAAUAAUGAAACGAAUGAAAAGGUCAGCAAUGGAGUAACAGUGAAAGAAAAUAACAACGGAGAUACUCGACCGGAAAAAGAAAAUAAAGAUCAACGAGAAAAGCGAAGUUCUUCAAGUCAAGCGCAUCACGAAAACUCUGAGAAGUUUAGAAAGAAAGAAGAUAAUAAGGAUAUUUCAGAAGUCUCAAAAGAGAAAUAUAUCAAAAAGGAAGAAGUGAAAGAUGAUGAAGGAUUAGAUAAAAAGGAUCGCAAAUAUUAUAAGGACGAGCACUAUUAUAGUAGUGCUGUAGACAAUUUAGAUCGAGAUCUUUCCAGUGUUUCAAAUAGUAGUGCUAGUACGGGUCCUUUACAAGAAGGUCCUGAGAGAGUUUCAGAUGUAAAAAGAAGAAAAGUAGAGAGCGCGCCGAAGCAGGAAGGGAGACGCGCUGAUGCUGUUCUUGAUAAGAAGGAACGUUCCAGCAAAGGAAAAACGCGUGACGAGCAGAAAGAGCUGCGUAGAGAAAAGAAACAGGGACGAAAAAGGGAUCGGACGGAAGAAUCUAUAGUAACCACUGAACAAAAACGGAGAAAAGAUGACGAAAGAGCCAAAAAUACGCAUCAGAACGGCGACAUUCCUGAACAUAGAGAAAAACAUCAUACAGUAAGGAAAAAUCUCCAUAUGCAAAGGAUCGUCCUCAUGAACGCGAAGGACGCGAGAGUCGUGAUAAACACAGAAGAAGUUCAGAUCCGAAACGAAGAUGAUGUACAACAACGGAAAGGAGCUCGACUUAACAUUUUUUAUGCUAUGUUUGAUGUUGCAUGUAAUAAACGUAGAAUUCGAAAUAAAGCAAAAAAAAUAGUCAGUAAUUUGUAUAUUAUAUGUUUUAACAUCCAAUUUUAUAAAAUAAAUUAUCUAAGUGUCCGAUAUUUUUUUGUAUGUGUUUUAAUUCAGUCUUUCUCCAAGAGUAAAAGAAAUCACAAUCUUCGCGAGCGAUAUGUACGGAAUGUAAUUUGCAAGAUCAAUAAUUAUAUGUGCAAUAACGAUAAUAAAUAUAUUGAUAAAUAAUAUUU